CAUAACACUUCCGCCCGCUUCCAACAUGGCCGCAGACGCCCUUCGCGCAGCAAAAACGGUCCUUUUUGGGCAUAGGAGCCACAUUAGACUCCAUGCCCGACUCUUCUAGUGAAGUCCCUCCGCAAGGGAAAGUCCAGAGGGGCAGCGGAGCCUGAGCAGGGUAUCCCGGGACAGCGGAGGGGAACCCGCCCGGGCCGGAAGUUCCGUGGACUUGUCGACUCGGGGGGAGCCGUUAGGCGAGCACGCCGGAAGUGGUCAAUCGGCCAGUCUGAGGCCGCGCCCGCGGUGUGUGAGUGUCCCUUGGGCGGCGGAGACAUGGAGCCCGGGGCUGCUGAGCUGUACGACCAGGCCCUGCUGGGCAUCCUGCAGCACGUGGGCAACGUCCAAGAUUUUCUGCGCGUGCUCUUCGGCUUCCUCUACCGCAAGACCGACUUCUACCGUCUGCUGCGCCACCCGUCGGACCGCAUGGGCUUUCCGCCCGGGGCCGCGCAGGCCCUGGUGCUGCAGGUCUUUAAAACCUUUGAUCACAUGGCCCGUCAGGAUGAUGAGAAGAGGAGGAAGGAACUUGAAGAGAAAAUCAGAAGAAAGGAAGAGGCCAAGGCGGUGGUAUCUGCUGCUGCUGAGAAGGAACCAGUUCCAGUCCCAGUUCAGGAAAUAGAGAUUGACUCUACUCCAGAAUUGGGUGGGCCUCGAGAAGAGGAGAAAGCGGAGUCUCUAGGCCCCCAGAGCACUGAGCAGGAGGCUGUCCACGGCUCAGAGGCAGAGGCUCCAGGAACUGCAGGGGCUGCCGAAGUCCCUCAGGAGCCCCCAGCACUUCCCAGGUAGGGUUUCUCUGCAGCUUCCUUCUGUUUCCUUGAACAUCUGGUGGUGUUGUUUGUUCAUCAUUGGGUCUCAUUUUGUGUGGCUUGUAAGAUGCCAGAUCUUUCUCUCCAUGUUUGCAAACUGCAUUAUAGUCCUUUAGUUAUGGAGGAUGGAGCCCUAGUAACUCUAGUCGUCUGCCUUUCCUCCCUUAGAAGGCAAGGUAAUGACCUGUCUCCGGUCAGAACCAACGAGAACCAGAGCCAACAUGGGAGCUCUUGUCCCCGCCCCAACCAUGCUCUCAUUGUACCUGUGGUCGGAGCUUACCUCAGUGUCUUGACUCCUGCUGGAUGCUGCUGGGCUGUGUGCCCCAGUGCACCAGGUGUGAUGUGUUCCUAAAGAGGCAGUGUGGUGUAGGGACCUGGGUCCACACCUCUGCCUUUGCCACUCCCUAAUGCUUCACCUUCUGGAAGCAGCGUAACCUGUCUGAGAUCCUAACAGAACCUGUCUCAUGCAGCUGCUGUGAAUUAUACAUAAGCUGUUGAGUGGCAGAGCUUGAGUACAAUCCAGGUUUCCUGAACCUGGCUCUGUGCUGUGCUGUAUUCACUUUUCAGGGGAUGUUUUUGGUUGCUGUGAAUCAGUCCCAUAGUCCUUCCCUGCAGUCUGAGAGAGGCCCUGAAAGCUAGUGUGCAAGCUGUGACAGUGUUGCAGGACAGCUGUGACUCUGGCCUGCUUGGUUUCCAGGAAAGUCUCCUCCUUCCUCGGAGGUAGGCUGUUCUCCCCCACACCUGACGCCCCUUCGGCUCUCACACCUUGCACUCUUUGUUUUCCUAGUUAGUGAAGCAAAGUAAAUGACAUGGAAUGACAUAAGAGUUAACUUGUGUGCAGGUGAAACAGGCAAGACUGCAUUGGUAAAGGUUGAGCUCAUGGCUAGCAGGUGAGCCCAGUUAUGGAGAAGGAGAGAGGAGCAGGCUGUGAGUGUGGAGCUCUGCAAGAGAAUAGGGUGAU